GCGGAAGUAAAGAAAGGAAAGGCGCGUGUGUGAACAGAGCCGAGAGUGUGGGACCGAAAAGAGUCAGCUCAUCACUGUGGUGUUGGCGGCUUUACACUGACUCCCCGAGCUCUCUGUAAUACUUUACAUUCACUGAUAAGAGAGAGAGAGAGAGAGAGAGAGAGAGAGGGAGGUGCGUUAACAGUCCCGCUCUGGCGAAACUUUAACACGUGACACCAGGCGAAAGUAAACAAAGGAAAGGCGCUAAUGCCGUUAGCUUUCGUCCUGUGUGACUAAACAGAGACUGUUGUUGUUGUGUGAGCCGAGUGUGUGAGCUGAGUGUGUGAGCUGUGGCAGUAACAAUGCCUUCAGUUCAGUAUCUGAGAGAGUUUAUCAACGAGCGACUAACUGCUGCUGCUGAACAAAUAUUCUUGGAGUUUGAAAAAACGAUCGUCCAGUACGAGGAAGAGAUCGACCGUCAGCGCAGACUGCUGGAAACCCCAAAUCAAGCUGCACAGGACAGGUAGAUCCACCCUCUCAGUGUCAGGGCUUUCGUGCACAGGAACAACAUCAGCAUAAAACAGACACUAUGAGACCCGUUCAGACUACGGACGUCCCACAGCAGCCUGUCUGUAAGGAGGAGGAGGUUCUCAUUGAGCUGCAGCUCUGUGACCAGGAGGAACCAGAACCUCCACAGAUUAAAGAGGAACAGGAGGAACUGUGCAGCAGUCAGGAGGGAGAGCAGCUGGGACUGAAGGAGGAGACCGAUACCUUCAUGGUGACUGCUGCUGAGGAAAGAGACCACAGUGAACCAGACAAUGAUCGGCUCAUCACUAAUAACUCCCCUCUUGCUGAGAGCCAAGAUCAGGGAAGAAGCAGGAGUGUAGAUCCAGGAUCAACGAGAAAUCCAAACAGAAGUAAAAAUGCAGAAAGCUCUCCUUUGUCAGAGAGUCGGUCCAGUACUGGUGCAGGUACAAAGUUGUUAAAGUGUGAUGUCUAUGAACAAACCUUUAUGCAUGAGUCCCAAAUGACGUUACAUAACAGAGCUCACACAGGUGAGAAGCUGCAUGUUGGUAACUCUGCUGGGAAAGGUUUUAAUCAGAACGGUGCUGUGUUGGAGCGCGUGAGAGUUCAUGCAGGUGAAAAUCUCUGUAAGACUUGUGGUAAAAUGUUUUCUUGCCCAUCAGCACUUAGAAGGCAUACACAGAUCCAUACAGAUGAGAAGCCAUAUUCCUGUAAAACAUGUGGGAAAAACUUUUGUCGAAUUUGUCAUUUGACCAGCCACAUGAGAACUCACACAGGUGAGAAACCGUAUCCUUGUCAAACAUGUGGUAAAAGGUUUUCCAGGUCAUCGUCACUUAAAGAACACGCACGACUUCACUCAGGUGAGAAGCCGUACUCUUGCAAAACAUGCGGGAAAAGUUUUCGUCACAAUAAAAGUUUGUUUUCCCACAUAAGAACUCACACAGUUGAGAGGUCACAUGUUGGUAACACCUCCAGUAAAAAGUUUUCAAAUUCAACAUCACUUAAAAAACACACAGAAAUUCAUUCAGGUAAAUAGCUGGAAAACGUGGGAAAAGUUUAAAUUCUCAUUUGACUAGCCAUUUAAAUGUUGAACAUCAGCUAUUUUCUCCUGCUGAGAGCUCACACAGGUGAGAAGCUGUAGUCUUAACAUAUUUUUAGAAAAGGUCAAAUAUUUGGAGCCAAGUUUGACACAAAUGUACAAAUUCAUGCUGGUUCAAAUGUUUUUGGCCAGGGUGAAGGGAGUAUCUGCCACCAAACAAGAAGACAGCCGCAUGUAACUACUACGGUGUUUGCUAGUUCACCUUACAUGCAUUAAUGUAAUAAUGUGGUUAGCG